CGGAAGCAAAACAGUCGGCGAGCGUGAGGCGGCCGAGCCAUGGAGCUGGACCAGGAGGAGACCAGCAGCGAGGAGCCGGAGCAGUCAGACGUGAGCCUGCCGGACCACCCCGGGAGCGUGAUGGCCGCCGUGAGCGAGCGGAAGGCCAGCGAGCCGAACGUCUGGAAACUCAGUAUGCAUGUCGUGACCUGGAAUGUAGCCUCCGCAGCACCCCCCAAAGACCUCAGUGACCUGCUUCAGCUGAACAACCAGGACCUGGACCUGGACAUGUAUGUUAUUGGUUUGCAGGAAAUGAACUCUGGGAUUGUAAGCUUCCUUUCCGAUACUGCCUUUGAAGACCCUUGGAGCAGUUUCUUCAUGGAUGUGCUUGCCCCUCUGAGCUUCGUCAAGGUCUCCCAUGUCCGCAUGCAGGGGCUUCUCUUACUGAUCUUUGUCAAGUAUCAUCAUUUACCCUUUAUCCAGAUCCUCUCUACGAAAUCCACCCCCACUGGCCUGUACGGGUACUGGGGCAACAAAGGGGGCGUGAACAUCUGCCUGAGGCUUUACGGAUACUACGUCAGUGUCAUCAACUGUCACCUGCCUCCCCACAUAGCCAACAAUGACAAGCGGCUGGAGCACUUUGACCGGAUCCUGGAGAUGCAGAAUUUCGAGGGAUAUGAUAUCCCCAACAUCUUGGACCACGACCUCAUUCUCUGGUUCGGAGACAUGAACUUUCGGAUCGAGGAUUUGGGACUGCACUUCGUCCGGGAAUGCAUAGCAAAUCAGUACUACAGUGCCCUGUGGGAGAAGGAUCAGCUCAGAAUUGCCAAGAAACAGGACCUGCUACUCCGGGAGUUCCGAGAGGGGCCCCUGCUCUUCCCGCCCACCUACAAGUUUGACAGGAACUCCAACAACUAUGACACCAGUGAGAAAAGGCGGAAGCCUGCCUGGACCGACCGAAUACUAUGGCGGCUGAAGCGGCAGCCGCAGGCCACCUCCUACAUGUCCAAUCCGCCGACCUACUUCUUCCUGACCCUGAAGCACUAUGGCAGCCACAUGAUGUACUACAUCAGUGACCACAAGCCUGUCACUGGCACCUUUGACUUGGAGCUGAAGCCAUUGGUGUCUGCCCCAAUGAUCACGCUGAUGCCUGAGAGCCUGUGGACCAUCGAGAACGACAUGCUGGUCAGCUACUCCUCAGAGCCGGACUUCCUCAGCAGCCCCUGGGACUGGAUCGGACUGUACAAGGUGACGUGGCGGGCAAGGCAGGGAGCCUGCCAGCCACCGCCUCCGGCCCGUUCCCUGGAGGGUCACGGGAUCUGGGCAGAGUUGGGGAUGCGCCACAUUAAUGACUACGUGUCCUAUGUGUGGGUCGGGGACAACCAGGUCUCCUUCAGCAACAACCUCCACCAGGUGUACAUGAACAUCAGCGAGAUCCCGGACACGGAGGACUACUUUCUCCUCUGUUACUACAGCAGCAUUCUGAAUUCCAUAGCGGGGAUUAGCACCCCCUUCAAGAUCCCGCUGCGCUUCUUCUUGAAGGAGGACCCACUGAGUGAAGACGAGCCACAGAUCCCUGAGCACACAGGAGAGUGAGUCCAGGGUGUCGGCAGAGCUGCAGCCAGCCCUGCCUUCUGCCUGGAGUGCUGGGGCCAGGCCGGCCCCAGAGGAGGCAGCCAGGCAUCCUCCACUCACCCACGUCCCAAAUGAGCUCUAGCAGACUCCUUUGCUUUCUCUGGUCCAGAUCUCUGGAACUGGCCACUUAAAUAACAGGUUUUUGUUGCGAGCUGUGAGUGAAACCAGCUGGUUUGUCUCAGUGCAGACGAGGGGAUAGCCCACCAUCUGUGCAAGGACCUUCCUGCCCUCGUUUCCCCACACACACUUGCAGUGCUGCCCAAGCAGUCCUGCCAGGCACAUGCCCCAUCUGGCACAGGCCUGCAUUCUUGUCACGCCCUGCUGGGCCUCGGGCUGCCUGGGAGGGGGAGAUGCUCACAUUUGUGCGGGCUCCAGGGGCCGGCUGGCGCACAGCAGCUCUGGAUUCCAGAAGUCUUGGCAUCCUGUGGCCUGUGCGCAUGAGGGAUGAGCAAAGGAUCUGGGAUCCCCGCUUCCAACAGAAACGGCCUGCCUGCGGAGCUAGAAUGGAGGGGCCCCUACCCAGGCUGCUACUUGAAGAUUCUCCUGCCAGCACAGCCCUGCCCCUGCCCCUGCCCCUGUGGAUCCUGUAAGUUCAGAGCCUGAGCAGAGAGAACUGGGAAGGACCCCAGUCAGCUGGUGCUGGUGACUCAGGCCCCCUGCUUCCAGCCUGCUCUCUUAGGAAGGGUUGACAGGUGGUGGAGGAGCAGCCACCACACACACUCCCAGGGUGAUCACCGCCACGUCAGCCUCCUCUGCCCUCGGCCCUGUCAGGAGACCAGAAGAUGCUCCUCUCUCGGCCCCUCUGGAAACCCAACGUGGGGCAGGCAGAAGGGAGAGCCGGGAUUGAAACACUUCAGAGGAGCUGGUCCUGGGACCCUUCGGAGAAUAUAUUCCAGGUGCUGCGUGAACACUCCUGCCGCUGGCGCCAGUGGUGACUCAGCUGCCCUCCUCCCAGAAGAAGACGCCUCAGGGAGCCUGCUCUGCCUGCCACGCCCAUCGGGCCACCUGAGACAAGGUCCCCCCAGUUGCCAUGCAGCCUGUGCUCCUGGGAACCAUAUGUAUCAAGAACUGUCCCCUGGCUGCUUGACGCUGACUGGCUGUGUUCUGUCUGUUACAUUGGGGGGUAAUUAGAACUGUGGCUUUGA